AUGUUUCUUAUUUUUGAUAUACGUGUUUGUGGAGUUUGGAAAUUACUUGUAAAACAAAUUGAAGAAAAAUCUUCAUUACAACAACCAGAAUAUAAUCAUAAAUUACUUCAACGUCAUCAAAUAAUCAAUACGAAAUAUUUAAUUAAUUAUCAACAACGUUUAAUUAUUGGAAAAUAUCGUCGAAGUACUAUUGAUAUUCAUCUUACAAAACUUGUUGAUUGGUUAGUUGAUCGUCGUUAUUGUUCAAAAGAUUGGAAUGAACGAUCAGGGGUUAUUAGAGCGAAUAUUCAACAAGCUAUUUUAGAUAUACCUCAACAUGAUCAAAUAAAAAUAUUACUUGCUUCUUUAUCUAUUAAUAGAAUUUUCAUAUUAUUUUUAUAA